AGCCAUCGACACGUUCUCCCUUUUACCGGACUGGAUGGAAGAUAAACCAAAGUACUGCGUGUUCUGAUCCGCUUUGUCGUGGUUACAGUUUAAAUGGUCUGUUUCCAGCUGGAACCCCUUAAAACACCCGAAUUUGCUGCAGGGAUGGGGACGUGGGGUUUGAUGUGCUGUUGAAAACAUUCUUUCCUCUGGUCUCUGCUACAUCUGAGCUGUGGAGCCAUGGAUUCCUCUGAUGAAGAGGAGGAGCGCACCUUCAUCCGGGUACUCAGUGAGAAGUACAACCCAGAGAAUUUCCCGUAUGGACAAGGUGUGGUGGUUCUGCCCAGUCCUCCAGGAUCCCCUGUUAAAGACCGCCUGUUCUUGCCCAACAUUCUGGUUCUGAAUGACUGUGGGAUCAGUAAAGCUGGUGACAGGUCCGACAUUGAAGCUUUCUGUGCCCAUGUGCUGGAGCUGGACCUGGCCUACAAUCAGCUCAACGACUGGGGAGAGAUCAGCACCAUCGUUUCCAGCAUCCCUCACCUGGACUUCCUCAAUCUCAGCAUGAACCCCCUGAGCGGUGUGCAGCUGCAGCCCAGCUUGGCCGACGUCUUCUCCAAGGUCCGACGACUUGUCCUCAUCAACACACAAGUCAGCUGGGACACCGUGCACACACUCACGCAGCACACACCAGAGCUGAAGGAGCUCUUUCUCUGCCUGAAUGGCUACGACACCGUGUCAGAAUCCCAGGCGUCCUGCCCGUCACUGAGCCUGCUGCAGAUCACAGGCAACCAGCUGCAGGACUGGGCCGAAGUCAGGAAGUUUGGGCUGCUGUACCCCAGCCUGAGCACGCUGGUGCUGGCCAACAACAGCGUCAGCUCUGUGGGAGACAACAAGGAAACACUGGAGUGUCUGUUCCCCAACCUGCGCAGCAUCAACCUCAACAACUCCGGUCUCAGUCAGUGGGAGGACAUCGAAAAGUUGAACUUCUUCCCUAAACUGGAGGACGUCAAAGCUCAGGGGAUGCCCUUAUUACAGUCGUACAGCACCCAGGAGAGACGCAGCCUCCUCCUAGCACAGCUGCCAUCUGUGAUGGUUUUAAAUGGGAGUGCUAUUUCUGAGGGGGAGAGAGAAGAUGCAGAGAGGUUCUUCAUCAGAUACUACCAGGACUUUCCGGAGCAGGAGCUUCCACGGAGGUACCACGUCCUUGUGUCAAAAUAUGGCCACUUGGCUCCGCUGGCUGAGGUGGACUUGAGCCCCCGCUGCACCGUGGUGGAUGUGCGCUGUGGAGACAGGGUGGAGCCAGUCACACUGCGCCUGGAGCAGACGGUGGGCGACCUGAAGAAGCAGCUUAAGGCUCUGCUGCAGCUGCCUACCAAUGGGAUCAGGCUCUUUCACGUCGACAAAGAGAUGAGUUCAAUGUUUGGACCCGAGGAGCUGAAGUGCAGCUUCCGGGCCCUUCACUCUUACAGCAUCCAAGACGGGGACGAGAUUCUAGUGGUGCCCAAAGUGAAAAACCGCUGCAGCUCCUCAGAUUUCUGAGGAAGGAGGCUUUAAAAACUAGCAGAGACGAAGCUUUAAUCUGAUAAGAUAAAUGUUUCCCAGUGACGAAUGUAAGGAGGUUUCCUGAGCAUAAUGGAAAAUAAUGCAACAUUAGAUUUGCACAGUGAAGCUCUUCUAUUGACCCUAAAUAGCUUUAAAAUAAUUUUCUUCAACUUUUAAUUUUGCUGUCUUUUUUUCUGGUGUAAGGUGAGUCUACACACCAGAUACAUCUGCAGGUGUUCCAGCGAUGGGGGAAUUAACAGUCAUUUACUUUUACUUUAAGCAAACUUUUCAUCUGCUUUCCUCUGGAUCAUUCAGGGUUUAAAAUGUUCAGUUUUGGGCCAAAAAAUUCAAAAAUCAUUUUGCUUUUGAGGAAAGAGAUGAGUUUGAGCAUCUACUUUCUGGAUGGCCAUAUGAAGGUGCCAAAGGUAAACCAGGGAUCUACAGGUGCAUCUCAGUCAACUAGAAAAUCAUUAAGACAUUAAUAUUUUUCAGUAGUUCAGAUCAGGGAGAUUAUAUGAAUUAUUUACAUCCAGUUAUAUAUUAAAAGUGUUAAUUUCUAUUAAUUUUGAUGAUUCUGGCUUACAGCCAAUGGAAACACAAAAUUCAGCUUCUCAGAAAAUUAAAAUAUUACCUCAGACCAAUAAAAAUUAUAAUUAAUAUAGAAAUGUGGUGGUCUACUCAACCAUGGUUAGAUUUCACCGUUAUCCGGCAGAUAGUCACUGACCCCUCCUCAAGGAGGGUAGGUCAUAAGAGAUCAUGCUAAAGAAGCUCUUCUGAUUGCUGUAUCCAAGCAUAUUAUUAGAAAAUUGAGUGGAAGAAAAAAGUUAGGUAGAGCAGUUUGCACUGCAGUUCUUUAGGCGCCACCACACAGGGACAUAUCUAGAAGGUGGGCUAGAAGUGCCCUUUAACUGCUCCAGAACCAGAGACAAUGUCAGAGACACCUCAGCAGAGCUGCAGGCUGACGCAUUACACUGAUGCAGUAAUUCAUGCAGACGAAGCUCCAACCAAGGAGUGUACUGUAAAGUACAUGGACAUACAUUUCAGCUGCCCCACAUUUCUGUAUCAGAAUCAAUAUUCAAAUUUUCUAAGAAUUUUUUUUUUUUUUUUUUGCUGUCAGUCAAAUUCAUAAAUGAACAGAAAUAAACACUUUGAAAAGUGUCAACGGUGGUGAAUAAUAAACUCACUUUUUAAUGAUGUUCUAACUUAUUGAGAUGCACCUUUAUAGACCCAGUAACAAUCUGUACACAAUCAAGGCACUGAUGGUUUCAUAGGUGGAAAACAAAGAUCCUAUAAAUAUGUCACCCUUUUCAAAUGUUCAAUGGGAUUUUGAUUUUACCUCUAAGGUUAAGAAGACCCAGAAUGUCUUUCCCAUCUCCAAAUGUCAUGAAAUAUCUGUUUGCCUGCUCCCUGCAGCAGUCAUUACAGAUAUAUGGAAGGGGGCAAGACCACAACCCUGCGGAGCACCACUGGAGGGCAUAGAUAAAAUGAAUAUAACCUCCUAUAAAGGGUACAAUUUAGCAAAAAUGAAAAAAUUGAUUCUUCAGAAUAAAUAAACAGAAUUUAUCAUUUCCUUUUUACUUUGACCAUUUUCUCCUAGAGCCAAAUUUAUUCUUUAAAAUUGUAAAAAAAAAAAAAAUCCCCCACAGAUUUUAAUCAGGUAGAUCCAUCUCACAUCAGAAAAAUAAAUAAAUAUAUGAACUUCAGGUUGGGAAGAGUGAGGUGAUCCUAUGUCGCGUGGUUUAAACCAGGGCUGCAGCUCAUUUCGCAUUAAGGAAAAAAAGGAGGUCUAAUCUUCAUAAAUGAAUAGCUGACAGAUAAUAUAUGGUAGAGAUCUAAAGAUAAUAUUUGCUAUUAAAAAUAUACAUCAAGUAGUUGUAACACUCAGUGUUUCAUUUUUAAAUCAGCAGCUUUAAAAUUCCUGAUAAUUUUUAUGAUAGUAAAUUAUUUUAGCAACAAAAACAAGCUGAAAGUUUGCUUCUUAAAGCCAACAAUGAACCUUAUCCUGCAGCUGGGACUGCUGUCAGUCCAAAUGGAGCUAAAAUAAGGAGUUUCAUACAACCUUUCCAGGUUUAGUUGUUGGUAUGCACAGAAAAACCCCUUAAUAAUUCAUGAAUCACAUUUCUUUGCCAUUUGAGAAGUGUGCCACUCUCCAGAACGCUGUGGCUAAGUUCAGCUGAGCAGAUUUAGAUUUGAAACUGCUCCUUUGUUGAAUUUAGGGCGGGAGAACAGGUUGUUCAGUUUUCCUGGUUACCCAGAUCAGAUUGAACUGGGUAUCCUGGGAUAACCCCCGGGCGGAUGCAGAAAUGCCGUUUGUUUGGGAUAACACAGAGCGCACGGUUCCUGUUCCGUGGAGCUGCCUCAGAGGAAAGACGAGACGGCUCUGAGGGUAGCCGGGUCUGGGCCGGACGCUCGGGUUACCGCAGGCCUUCAGGCUGUCGAGCUCAUGAAUGGAGCGGCUCUCCCUGACUCACGCAGGCAGCUGAGAAGCGCCGAGAGACUUUUCUGUAUGGUAACCACACACCAGCUGCUGUGUCACAGAGACUUCCGCUCCAUUUGGGUUAGACCGGGUUCUACCAACAGAAUUUCUCACUGACUUCAUCCCAGACUCUCUGUUACAUCCGUCUCAUGGAGCUGACACUCUACCUUUAAGGUGUUUUGAGACUCUGGUUCAGUGUUUUUCCUUCCAGCUCCCUUCCUUCCACAGGCAGCUGUAGCACCAAGCAUAAUGUGUCAUAAGCUCCCGUGUGUGAUGUUCAUACGCUCACCAGGUUAACGCAUCACCCACGGAUUCAGAGGAAAGAAUAUAUUUCCUGCCAAGUCUAAAAUACAUUAUCAGGGUUGUAAUCCUAUAGAAGAAUGGAAGAAGCAGGUUUUUACACUGACAUAUUCUGCAUAUUUCCUUCCUUUCCGUACGUCUUGAGUACUUUUUGAAUCUUUGAUGUUCCCAUAAAUCUAUCGGACUCUUUAAAAUCACCUUUUCUGUGGUUUCACUGAAUCAUUUUGGAAAUCCUAAUCUUUGGGAUUGGGGGAGUCAUUUGUGCUGCUUGUUGGAGUAAAUCUGUUCACUGUUGCUUGACUGUUAGACUUUAAGCGACCCUAACUUUAGGAAAGUCAGUGAAGCUCUAUUGGCUCCUUCACAGGAAGGAGAAAACGUGUCGGCGGCGUUCCAGAAGCAAAGUAAAAGUAAAGAUGAGAACAGAGGAUGUUUUGGUCCCCUCCUACGUCCAUUUAACACCCGUAAACAAACCAUUUCAUAUGCUUGUACUGAAGCCCUUACAUAUUAAUUUAUUUAUCAGUAAAGUUAAGUGUUUUUGUAAAUUAUGAACAGAAAUUGUUACAAAAAUAUCACCUGUAAUGUAGUGUGUAUUAUUUUCCUGAAACUUGGUUUUAUUCUAUUUCUAUCUUUUUUGGGGGGUUCUGAUCCCUGUUUGGACCCACUGACUCUAAUGAAAGGAGGUCCCGGGUUUGAAUCAUGGCCAGGGAACGUUCUGUUUGGAGUUCUCCCUGUGUAUGCGUGGGUUCUCUCCAGGUACUCCCGGACCCCUCCCACAGUCCAAAUACACGACUAAUAGAUUAACUGGGUUUUCUAAAUGAGUGUGUGUGCAUGGUUGUCUGUCCCGUGUGUCUCUUUGUUGCCCUCUGAUGGGCUGGUGACCCUCCCCAGGAUGGACCCCGCCUCUUGCCCAAUGACAGCAAAGCAUGGCCACCAUUCAGGUGUAGGAAAUGGAAAAUGGACCCCAUAUAAAACCUAAAAUAACUAGCCAACCUCACACUGGUACAUAUUGUUUAUUGGAGUCUUAUAACCACAUUUCCAUGUAGUAAACUAUGAGUGGAAUAUUGCAAAGUACUUUAAAGUGUUAGUUAAAUCAUAGUUGGGGAAUUGAUGAACGUUCGAUUAAAAAAACCGUCUCGUGACGCAUGGCUCCACUUCUUACCAGAGAGGGCUGCACGAAACAAAACUGCAAAGGUUGGAAAGGGCGACCUGACCGAGACCAAGAGUUCACCAAACUGCAUGCUGGUGAGAAUAGAGGGUGUCUUCUCUGAUACUUAAAGAGGUAUUUGGGAUUUCUGUGAGGAAGGUGUCUCUACCUUACCUGUAGUAGAUGGCUGAAAGUGACAAAGGUUUGGAACAUGCAGCAGCGCUAAAGACGUGUUAGAGCUGGGUGGCAACUGAAGUGGACUUCUGUCAAGCUAAAACAACCCCAGUCUAGGAAUUGGUCGGGUAUAAGUAUUAAACACGGUAACAUUUGUCUUAGUAAAUAUAUUUAGAAUGGGGUUAGCUGACAUGAAAUUGUCACCAGAUGUUUGUAACAACCCAAGUAAACCCACACAUACAAAGAGACUCACAAAUUGGUCCAUAAUUUAAGUCUUUGAUAAAAAGAUUACACAUUUUGAAUAUUGAAACCAUUUAAUUAAACAUGUUUAUAACUUAGUGGAAAAACCUCAGUUGGUAAUGAGUGCCUAAAUACGUCUCAUGUACCGAAGAACUGGCUGCAUACAUUGCUCAGAUGUAAUUUCAACCCAAUCUUCUACCCAAGCUGUCCUCAGAUCUUUAAGGUUCUCUGGGCCUCUUCUAAGCACUCUGAUCUUCUUUCACAACCAAUUUGGAAGCUUAAUUUUCUUUCUGCUGUUUUUUUCAGAUUAUGGCUCCAUCACUUCUCACUGGAACAUUCAGAGGUUUAGUCUGAAACCAAUUCUGUCUGCAUGUUUAGCAGCAAUAACAUUGUUAAGGUCUUGGGAGAGUUGCUUGUGUCCAUGAGAUGCUUCUUAUGAGAUACCGUGGUAUAAGGAACCUCUUUAUAGGUCAUCAUUAAACCAGCCAAUAUUAUAUGGGUUGCUUUCUAAAUACUGACACAUUUCAGCUGUUUUCUUGGCUUUAAAAACCUUUUGCCGCUUCUUCUUCAUGUCUUCAAUACUUCAUUACCCAUUUUAUUUUUACGCAACUUAAUUUAUAGACUAAUUAAUUUUGUACCAUUGUAUGUGUGAACUACUUGGGUUGUUACUGAGAUCUGGUGUGAACUUCAUCUCAUUAGCCCCAAUAGAAAAAUAUUCCUGAGAAAAACAUUAACGUUUCAAAAUUGCUAAAAUCUUCAGUCAUGCUGUUCUUGCAGUUUAAAGUCCUUUUAUUAAGAUACCUGAGAAAAUCCCAGAGUGAUCAUUGUUUUCUCUGGCAGGAUCGAGCAUAACGCAGAACUGUUUGUGAUAAAAAGACGGUUGCCUGCUCUUACUAUUACAUAUGUGCCUUUGCACAGAAUCAGAAAUGAUCCCAAACAUUAAAAAAUCAGCCCGGAUGUGGAUGGUCUUUGCAGGAUCUUCUUAUAGGGUCUUUGCUCAGUCUUGGCAAGGUAUUCUGGAGCAUAUUAAGAACCCAACUGGCUUUUUUAUUACACAGUGUGUAGGUUUCCCCAAGAUUUUUUAGUAUGCACAGAUUUUCCAUGGCAAGGUUCUGGUGGUUCCUUGUCGUGGCUGGGAAUCGGAGUCCUGGGCUGAGUGUGUCCAUGAGUUGGGGACUGUGUGCACUGAUGUGAUUGUCAAUAAUUAUGAACUUCUGGCAUGUAGCUGCACUUUUAGAGGGUUCUGGCCGCCUGAGGGUGGUGUGAUUUGUGUGGCAUCACGAUUGGAACAUCGUGCUGACUUAAAGUGCAGCGACGGUGCAGGAGAGCUUCCUGGGAGGUGGUGAUUGUUACGGGCUUAGCAGCGUCCUCGUUUCCUUCACACUGGAGGUUUUACAAAUUCGCCACAAUCCAGCUACUUCCCAGCAAAUUAUGUUGGUCCAGAACUUUACUGGGAAGGGAGUGUAGGUGUGCUGUGUUUGAAAAUGAUAUUCUAGUGUUUACUUCAUGAACGUGUGGUUUGCAGCUAGAUGUGCACUGAUGGCCUGUGCACGUUUUGGUAAUUGGAUUUUCUGUUAAGGAACCAAUAAUAAAAAAACUAAAAGUUUGAUCUGUUAGUUUUCAUUUUAAAAUAUGAAACUGAAAUCCAACCAUUUUCCUUUUUUUGGUGAAACAGAUAUUAGCAAAAAUAAAAACAAAUAAAAUCACCAGCAACAACAAACAAAAACCUGUCCCGUUUGCUCAUAUUCUGACAUUUUCUUAAACCUUAUUAAUUAAAUCAGAUUUAGAUUUCUGUUCAUCCAUAUUUGACCCCCCAAAAAAAACUGUUCGUAUUUAAGAUUUUGUAUUUUAAAUAGCAAAUAAAAAUGUGGUGGAUAAGAAAAUCCAAUUACCAGCAAAUGCACAACUGAUGCUCCUAGUUCUGUUUUUUGGGUUAAUUUCAAGGUAAAAAAUCUGAUUUUAAAUGAUCACAGAAAUUAGGCUGAGAGUUUAAUUCCGGAGGUGCAGUAGUGUAAAUCUAUGCUCACAUUUACUUUGGUUCUGCCCCGACACAAGUGAGAAAAUGCUUUGAUUUGUAACCGUCUGGAUUGACCUUGUGUAGUAAGUGACUGGAGCUGUGUUCUGUGUUACUGGUUUAACGACAUAAUGCUGAGUUUGUCUGGUUUGCAUGGUGGGUUAGAGUUAAAAUGUCUUAUUUCUGAGAAACAAGAUUCUUAGUGGGCAUUUGUCAUUUUUGUGUAAACAUGUUGUCAUCCUCGAUUCUUCACCUUCAUUAACACCAAAUAAGAUUAUACUGACAAAUUAUUAAAAAACGUUAAAAAGCUGACUCAUAAUUCAGUUCACCUUGAGUGUUUUUAACUUAUUUCCUGAGUGCUUUCAAUUUCUUUUGUGGAUCUCGACACUUUAAUUCAGGUUUGUUUCCUUGAGAUAACAAGACUGUUUCUUUAUCUGUACUGUGUAAUUAUGCUUUUACUUCUCCUGAAUAAAGACAUCAUUCUGA